GCUUCGCCGCGGAGACGUCACUCGCCCGCGACCGUACCGGCCCGGAGGUUCGGCGGAGCGGUCCCUCUCCGGCGUGGCUUUCUGGGACGGUUGCCUGUCGCCGCGGCCUCUGACCUGGGAGCGACGAGGAAAGCGGCGAGAUGACGGACCGCUACACCAUCCACAGCCAGUUGGAGCACCUGCAGUCCAAGUACAUCGGCACGGGCCACGCCGACACCACCAAGUGGGAAUGGCUGGUCAACCAGCACCGCGACUCCUACUGCUCCUACAUGGGCCACUUCGACCUCCUCAACUACUUCGCCAUUGCGGAGAACGAGAGCAAAGCUCGAGUCCGCUUCAACUUGAUGGAGAAGAUGCUGCAGCCCUGCGGACCGCCGGCCGACAAGCCCGAGGAGAACUGAGGUCCCGCCGGUCCGCGCUGUGCGGGAGAGCACCCGUGUUCCUCCGGUGUGGGUGUGCCGUCCCUCCCGCGCGCCCUGACCCGGGGGGACCGGUUCUGCGUGCCUCCGGCGUCUCCCCGAACAGACGUGCUUCCUCCGGGCGCCUCUCCUGACCUGCCUGCGUGUGGACCCUCGGAACACAGCGCUGGGGCCCCCGAGACUGUGACCUUGGCGACCCUGAAGCCAGCGAGCGUCAGGGGAGACGGAAUAGGGAGGCUCGCUUUUAGCCCGUUGAUCGUCGCUGUUGGUUUUUCCAUAAAGUUCAGAAAAUGUUCAGUC